AUGGAGAUCAAAACUAUCCCAAACCCACCCAAACUCCCUCCACCCCCUCUCCCCCCUAACCGCACCCCCACCACCCUUCCAAACCCUUUACCCAAAUCCAUUCAUAUCCUUCUCCUCUACUUCCUCCUACCCAACCCCCUCACACUAACCCCAACAGUCCAAGCCAAAACGAAAAGUUGUAGAGAGAUUGCGAAGAAGGAUGGUAUUGUUGGAGAUAAUAAGUUUGCAUUUAAGUUUGAUGAUAUGUGGCUUGAGGAUGCUGUUAAUGGGAAUGAAGGACGUGUUUAUUUGAUGUCGAAAAGUACUUCCUAUCAGGGGACGGUAUUUUCGAUGUUGGAUACUUUUAAUAUGACCAUUAAUUGGUCAACAGCGCAGGUUCCGGAAGUUCAGAGUUUUACAGUCAAUCCAAAUGAAGAUGGGCUAUUUUCUUGAACAUCUGUUACAGGUCCAGGUGGAGGUUAUUACUUUUAA